GACACAACUAGUAGAAUCCGUAGUUCACGGCCCGCCGACAGGAGUCUCCACCGUGUCUCCUGUUGACCCCCGAUGGUGAAUCGUGUUUACUUGAUUCACUCGCAUAUAUUCCGUAUAUUUUGUCACUCGCAUUUAAAAUGCCAGCCACGGCAAAAUGAAGUUACAUGUCGCUCUUACGGCGUUUGUCUGCUUUCUAUGGGAUCAAAACGAACGUUUGGUGCUCGCGAACAAGAGCACCGAGCCACAGCCGGAGUACAGGCCCGAUGGUCCGCUGGUAAUGUGCAAAUUCCUGCCUAAGGAAUUCGUGGAAUGCGAAGACCCGGUUGAUCACAAGGGAAACAAGACCGCCAAGGAGGAGACGGGCUUUGGAUGCGUCAAGUUCGGAGGAUCUCGCUACGAAGAUGUGGAGAAGACCAAGGUAUCCUGUACAGUGCUGCCGGACAUUGAGUGCUUCGGACCGAGAACGUUCUUCCGCGAGGGGAUACCGUGUAUAAAGUACAGCGACCAUUAUUUCGCGACCACCCUCUUGUACAGCAUUAUGUUGGGUUUCCUUGGCAUGGAUCGGUUCUGCCUCGGACAGACCGGGACAGCGGUGGGAAAACUGUUAACGAUGGGUGGCAUGGGCGUAUGGUGGAUCGUUGAUCUUAUCUUGCUGGUAACGAACUCCUUGCAACCUGAAGACGGCAGUAACUGGAAUCCAUAUGUAUAGCAUUUCGAGAAAACCAGGGAUCACAUUUUGUAUAUAACUCGUAGCCCGUAAGUUUUAUGUGAUGAUGCGCGACUCCUCACGGAAGUAGUCAUCUUAUAUCCGAUCCUAGAUUUACUUAUAUUCAAUUCAAUCUCCAAACGUUGUUCCGUGGACGCCUUGGUCUUGCAAGGAUCGUCAGAAAAUUGAAAUUGAGCGGAGUACGAGGUGAACAGUUUACUUGAUCUCCAUGAGAAAUUUGUGUUAUAUUUAUAAAUUAUCCUAAUUAUCUCGUAUUUAAAUUCUAAUUUGUAAAUAAAUCAUCACUAUGCACUGAAGCUUGUGUCAAGUAUACCGCAAGUUCUCUUGUACGAAUAAAUGUAUUUAUAUUUGCUUAACAA